AGUAACUUGCGUAACUUUUUAACUAUAGCUGUUUUAUAGAUAGUUACACAAUUAAACGUUAUCAUCGGAGUUUGUCUUUGUCCUGUUUCUGUAAAGCCGAUUGUAGUUACGGUUACCCGUACAAAAGAAAUGAUCUGUCCCACACCAGACCACCACGGAAAAUGGCGACUGUGAAAUAGAUGGAAGACGAAAGUAAGAAAUUAUUCAAUGCAGCGUUUAAAUUGUGCCCUGUCUCCAUCUGCACCGCUCGGAGGUCAUGGCAACCCAAAUGUCAUGUCUGACAGGUGUUGAUGAAGACGACAAAGAUGCAGAUCCUGAGAUCAAUGCCCUCACGCUCCUGCAAGAGCCAAUGAGAAUGGCCCAAGAAUCCGCUUCUUGCGCCGAUUCUUUCAGCAAGCCUUCUCUGAAACAAAACAGUGUCCUAGAUGUUCUGUCCAACACAGAUAUGUUGUCUCCGGUUGGCCUGGGAAAUGGACCUUCUUCAAAUCAGGCUACACAAGCCCAUGAACUCAGCAGCAUCUCAGCAGAUAAAGAGGAGGCCAAGAGCAUCACCCCACUAAAAACAGUGCAGGAAAUUGACACUGCUGGAAUUUGGGGUUUUGAUGCAGACUCGCCUGAGAACUCAUUGGAUGAUUUUAGUAGUGCCAGUGAUCUUCAUUGGGACCCUCACAAAGAGUUUAUGCAGUUUCUGUGGGACAACCACGGUGAUUCUCCUGGUGAGGAGCCUAAAGAUGAUGUCCCUGCUGCCAACAGCCAAAGGAGAAGGAAACGGAAAAUGGACAUGGUUGUCAUGGUAGAUCCCUCAGAAGACCUUUACCCUGAUCUGAGCCACAAGUCAUCUGAGGAACUGUCCGAUACCGAAGACCAAGUAGACUCCAUUCCUGUCCGAAAAGUCAGAAAGUCAAGAAAGUUCUCCCAGUCACAGUCGUCACCAACAGGGAAAGUUUCCAUGUAUCCCAAUGGAACUGUGAAGACCAUCAAGGAAAUUCUUUAUAAUGCACCUGCAAAAAAUUCACAUGAGAACAAUAUAGGUCACAGGCUUUCACCACUGAAGGGGAGGCUCACCAUAAAUUCUCAUCCAGAGGAGAAGCCAUCAUGCUACCCUUGCUCAAAAUGCAAGCUCAUUUUCAAGAAAGAACAUCACUUGCAUCGUCAUAUGAAGUCCCAUGUUGACUCUCCAAAUUUGCCAAAGCCUUUUAUAUGCCGAGAGUGCGGGCAGUCCUUCAGGCAAAGUGGUUCGCUCAUUGAGCACAUGUCUAUCCACCAGGAGAAGACAGCAAGACUCACUGAAGAGAUCAAAGGCAUGAAUGAUGAGAAGAAAGAAGCUAAAAAGAAGCUUUUUUGCCCUCAGUGCCCAUUUGUUACAACCUGCCCAAACACAUUUGUUCAACAUGCAAAAACCCACGAGAAGGACAAGAGAAAGUUUAGAUGUGACAAAUGUAGCUUCAGAACUCUUAGCGAGAGUGAUCUUAGGAGGCAUAACAUUAUGCAGCAUACUGUUAUCACAGUUAGAAAGCAGAUCCAGAAUGAUGACUCUGAAAGCUACUCCUGCAACAUUUGUUCUUACAGAGUUUUUAGCAAAAAUGUUUUCAAGAAUCACCUCCUGCGGCGCCAUCAACAAACUUAUGAGGAAUACGAAGCUGCACAGCGUAUUGACAAAAAUGCACAACCAUCUAAGGAGCAGCACAUGCCUACCAGUAAAAGUCCUGUAGAAGAUGCAGAGUUUACAUCGAAAAUCUCUAUAAAAAAUCAGAUCUCUCCUAAAAGAGCUUGUUCACCUAGUGAGUCCAAUGACAUUUCAGACUUAUUCAGAAAUAGCAAGAUUAGGAGAGGUCUCAAGUCUCAACUAACGGAAUCAAAGCUUGACAAAUCCAUCAAUGUUCUCCUGUCCCGACAAAGAUACGGAAAGAAAACUGCAGAACAAAAGAAGGAAAGCAAUAAUCACAGUACAUCUGUUCAGGAUUCCAAAGGUGACAAAGAUGGCUCUGAUCAGUCACCUGGAACAUUGACUGUCAAGGUUGAAGAUUCAGCUUUAUCUCCAAAUGGACACAAAAAGUCACCGUCUAAAAGGAAGAUGUCCACUCCAUAUCGCAACACCUCUGACCAAGACUCAUGCUUCAUCUUAGCAAAACCUUUGCCAAGUCCCAAGAAAGUAAACCAAGAAGAAGAGGAAAAGGUGUCAGACUGUGACGAAAAAGACAUAUUCCAGUUCAAGGACACAGAUGCCAACACCAACCUUUUUGACAACGGCAUAAAGAAAGAAAAACAAAACAUCAUUUAUACCUAUAGCAGAAGAAUGUCCAUGCGAGGUGCCCUGCAGGAAUCUAAGAGGCUGUUUGAGAAAAUAAAGACUGAAGAACAAGACCAGACCGACCUUGAAAUCAAAGAAGAAUGCAUAGAAACAGAAGUCUUUCAAGAGACCUUUGAAGCCCACCAAAUACCGUUGAGGGAUGACUUAGCAGAGGAUUUGUCAGAGUUGGACUCGGACCACAAGAACUGUCCUUACUGUCCUGCAGUCUUUGAGUCAGGUGUUGGAUUGUCCAAUCAUGUCCGAGGGCAUCUACAUAGGGUUGGACUGAGCUACAAUGCACGCCAUGUAGUGCCUCCUGAACAGGUGGCUUCUCAGGACAGGAGGCCACGAAUUCGACGAAAGAUGUCAACGAUGCGGAGAUUGAAAAAAGUGUAUCAGAUGGAGUCAGAAUCUGAGACUGUGAAGAGCAUUCACUCCUGUCCAUUAUGUGGGGACUCAUUUGAUAACAGGACUGGGCAGUCCAACCACAUACGAGGCCACUUAAAAAAGCUUGGUAAAAGCUUUGCAACAAAGAACAAAUCCCCACUGUUUUUACUCCGAGAGUUGAUGCGCGACAAGAAGGAGUUCCAGCGGGCACUUCAAAUUCUGGGAAAGAGACGUAACCAUUAUCAGUACGGUGCUUCACCAAAGCUGUCCAGUGUCAACCGUUUUACGCAGCCAUCCAUUGGAAUCCCAAAAAGUAAUUCUAUUUCAAGCAUUUGCACUGAUGCCAGACCACUGAUGCCCACGUUUUCUUUAGCGGAAAUGGAAUCUGAAAAAAGUCAACUAGAGACUAAGCUGGAUGUUAAAAGUUCACUCUCGGGCACGACUGCCUUGAUAGGAAUUCUGAAGAAGAGAAAGUGUCAAGAAGAUGGCAGACUAAAGGGGUCCUCUCAGAUGUCAAGAAACACAUUAGCAGUUUCUUCAAACAGUGAGCACAGUUCGGGAUCAAGAGUUGCAUCUUCACUGCCAAAGUGCGAGAAAGGUGAAUUCAACAGGAAGGUGUGCGUCCAUUGCAAUGCAACUUUCCACAGUGGAGUUAGCUUGUCUAAUCACCUCCGGGCAUAUGCAAAACGAAAAAGGACUGCCUUACUCGAGGGAACCACAUUUGACUGUAAAGUAGGGAGGAGGCAACGCUCAAGGCCUGGCUCAAAGAAGAAGACACUGCCCUUACCCCAGACUCCAGAGGAAAUGUACAGACUCACCUGCAGGUUCUGUGACCUCGUCUUCCAGGGUCCUUUGUCGGUCCAGGAGGACUGGAUUAAACAUUUACAGAGACACAUAAUGAACACUAGUGUCCCUCACACUGGGCUAGGCAUGGUAGAGGUCACCUCAUUGCCCACGGACCCCCCGACCCUCAAGACUGACCAAGACAGCUCUCUGACAGCCACACAUGCUGCCUCAUGAAGCCAAUGGGGACCUUUUUAGAUUUCAGUAGACUCUAUGUGUAUGUACAUUUGAUGUUCUUUCACUUUUUCUUUUGUCAAUUAAAUACUGGCCAAAAGUACAAUAUAGUACCAUGAUGGGGAUAUUGUACACGUUUGGACAUUUGGACAGAUGGAAAAAUGAAUUAUUUUGGAUAUUGUUACCUUUUUCUGUUUUUACAUGGUCCAUUUUUUGGAAAUACAAUUCCAGAUGGACAGACUGUUUUCUUGUUUUAUGCAGUAAUGUAGUGUGGAAUCCAUUUCUAAUGAAGACAACUUUUACCUCAGAUUUCUCAUGGUUUGAGUCCGUUUUGUCAAAUUUGGGAGCACCUCUCUUCUGUAUCGAUAUUCACAUUUACAAGAUGCAUAGAAUCAUGUUUUUUUGUUUUGUUUUGUUUUUGUAUUGCAACAUGUUGAAAUCCAAGCCCACAGUCUCUGUUUUCAGGCCACAGAGUAAGUGAGAUGAAAUUUCGACUGAAAAUGGCAGCACCUGCAAGCUCACGGUAAGCAGUUCCAGGAAUCAUGAGUGGUAAAGUCAGUUAACUAUACAAGAACAAAAGGAAAAAGUGUCUGCAAACUUGUUAUGCAUAGAAAGUGUUUUAUAGUAUUUCAGUAACUGCAUUGUUUCUAAUACAAAUACAAAAUUAAAACUGAAGGUGGUUGAGAAAAAAAAAAAGACCGAACAGGCCCAGCCAGUGCUGACAAUGCCUUUCAUACAUGUCACCUAUAUUUAAUGUUUAAAUAUACUGUUUUGAAAUAAUUUAAUUUUAAAUGUACUAUAUCACACAGAUACAAUGCUUAAAACAUUUGUGUUGUUCUAAAUAAAAAAAAAAAGAAAAA